AUGUCCAACUUCAAGAGCUCGGAUGAGCUUGAAACGGCGUAUCUCAUAGACGAAGUAUCACCUAUUGGGGAUGAAGAGCAUCCACACCCCCAUAGAUCGUCGCGAGUUGGUCAAUUCACCGCCGAUGGCCUCUUCCGACAUCCCAUUAGAGCUAUACCUGAUAAACAUCGAAAGCGAUUGUCUACUCUGCUUCGAUUGAGUGCAGCUUUACUGUUGGCAAUUGGUGGUUACUUUUUCUGGAACUUCUUUUCUGAGAUACACCGCAGAUGCGAGAACUCACCACGGCCUGAUGCCCCUACGCAUUGUGAAUCCCCCGAAUGUGUCCACGCGGCUUCGGAAAUCCUCUAUAAUCUAGACCCCAACUUCGCCAAUAUUGACCCCUGCGAUGACUUCGACCAAUAUGUCUGCGGAGGUUGGCGAGCUCGUCAUGAUAUGCGUCCGGAUCAAGGGUCCAUUUUUGCGGGCACUUCAAUGGCAGAGAAUGCCCAGACGCGGCUUCGUCACAUCCUGGAGGCUCCGGACGCACCGCCAUCGGAAGAUAAAGAGAACUUUGGCAAAUUGAAGGCGGCAUAUAAAGCGUGCUUGGAUGAGUCCACUAUCAGCAAUCGCGGCAGCAAGCCGCUGGAGCACGUGUUGGCCCAAUUGGAGGACGUUUACUCCGUGAAGGGGGUUUCCGACCGGGAUGUCAAGAAAAACCUAACCGAUGCGGUACGGCAACUUAUAAAGUUUGACGUUGAGGCACUGGUUGUUCCAUUUGUUUCACCCGAUGAUCGUGAUCCGGACUCUGUCGCCAUCUUCGUUGUCCCGGUAGAUGAGAUCGGGCUCCCUGCUAAGGAGUACUAUAAUAACACGGAUACCGUGGCCGAAUAUACCAAGGUUGUUGAGAAAGUACUAGGAAGCUUUGUUUCGAGCAAAGCGAGUAUCAAGGAUGUUGUGACGUUUGAGGCAAAACUCGCCAAUGUCACGCCUGAUACGCAGACCCGCGAGGAUAUCACAAAGUCUUACCACCCUCGAACCAUCAAGGAAACCGAAACUCUGUUGCCGGAGAUCUCAUUGUCUGACAUUAUCUCGGCACUGGCCCCAUCCGACUACAAGAAUGAUCGCUUGAUUUUGGGUUCGCCAUCAUACAUGGAGUCUUUGUCGAGUAUCCUAAGCGAGACGUCGCGCGAGACUGUCCAAUUUUUCUUCAAAUGGAAGAUAAUCCAAUCGUUUGCAGACAGUGUUGAGGAUCCUAAGGUCCGACCGCUCCGGGAAUUUAACAACAAACUAGAUGGCAAGGGUCCUCAAGCCACGGAAGAGAGGUGGCGUAAAUGUAUCAAUGUGCUCGAUGGGGGUCUUCCUUGGAGCUUGAGUCGAUUCUAUGCCCUCGACUCCUUUUCCCGUGCGUCCAAGGAACUUGGCGAUCAGGUCAUUUCCGACAUUAAGGAGCGCUUCGUAUUCACGUUGGACCAAACCUCUUGGAUGUCGCCUAAGGUGAAGAAGCUGGGUAUCCAAAAAGUCGGUAACAUCGCUCAGAAGAUUGGAUAUCCCACCAAGAGCCCGGAUGUAAUGGACCCAUCCGAUGUCGAAGAGUAUUAUCGGGACUUAAAGCUGUCCGAUAGGACUUUCUUUGAGAACCAACUGGCCACCGCGGAAUUCCAGAUCCAACGACUAUGGUCCAAACUGGGCAAGCCUACUGAUCGGAAUGAGUGGGACAUGAGUGCCCCGACCGUCAACGCAUAUUACAACACGCCUGGCAAUGAGAUUGCCUUCCCGGCUGGAAUCAUGCAGUCUCCUGUGUUUUACGGACCGUCCGCACCUUUGUACUUGACUUAUGGUGCUUUUGGAGCUGUCAGUGGACAUGAGCUUUCACAUGCUUUCGAUUCAAGCGGCCGCCAUUACGAUGAAACUGGCAAUUAUACCGAUUGGUGGGAUGAAAAGACAGUGGCUGGAUUCGAGGAGCGCGCACAGUGCUUUGUCGAUCAAUACUCCGAAUUCACCGUCACCGGACCGGAUUCGAAGCCACUGCACGUCAAUGGUCGCCUGACUCUAGGCGAGAACAUUGCCGACGCGGGAGGUCUUGGAGCGGCGUUCCAUGCAUGGAAGAAGCGCGACGAGUCCAAGCCCGACUCUCUUCUGCCAGGCCUGUCGACGUUUAGCAAGGAGCAAUUGUUUUUCGUCUCGUAUGCUAAUUGGUGGUGUAGUAAGACGACGAAAGAGGCGGCCGAGUCAGCUAUUUACAAUGACCCACAUGCGCCUAAGCCUGCUCGGAUUAUUGGAACCAUGGCGAAUUCUCGGGAAUUUAAAGAAGCGUUUCAAUGCUCGAGUCGCGAGCCUGUCUGCAAGCUCUGGUAA